UAAAAAAAUAAAAAAAACAAAAUUACCUAUAAAUUUACUUCUGCUUAUUUUCAAAAAUUUAAGUAUGGAUCCAAUGAGAAUAGUAGUCUCAAGUUAUAUAAAAGACAUUAAUAGAUAUUUAGAAAUCAUUUCGGAUUAUGGAUUGCCUAAUUAUAAAUACUUUAAUUAUGUGUUGAAUAGAAUGGGAAUAUCGUACAUUUAUGUUUCAAAAUAUGAAAUAUUUAAUAAACAAAAAAAUGUCGUGAUACAGUUUGUUGAAUCUACCUUAGUUGCACUCAAGAAAAAAUUCAUUUCGGAAACUUCUCCUGUAUCAAGAGCCGGCAUUAUUUUCCUUUUAAGUAAAAUUUUCUUCACUGAUGACAUUGCAAAUUUGCUGAAGCUUCGAAUCACCUCUGAAGAAUGGGAGGAAUUUAAAAAUUAUAUCAACACUAUAAAACAUUUACCUGAUUAUGAGAAAACUAGAAUAAUUUUCUAUCAACUUUUUCUAGAAAAUUUCUUUAAAUUCACAAUGAAGAACAAAGCACUUGCACUCGAUUUUGGAAAUGCUGAUGAGAAAAAAGACCCUCAAGAGUUUUAUGAAAAAGAAGAUCUCUUAUGGAAUGAUAUAAAAGAUGAAAUUUCAACUAUUCAACACACUGAUGUUGUUGAGUUGAAUCAGCUUAUGAAAUUACGCGAAGAAUGUAUAAAACCUUUUGAAGAAAAGUUUCCAGAGAAAAAUACGAUAGAAGAAGUCCUAAAUGAUUUUGAAACCAUUAAAUCAAGCGUAAAUACACAAAUUAUCGAUAAAAGUUCUACAAGCAAACAACUUAAAAGAGGAGAAAUUAUACGUCAAUGUCGGUCGUUCUUAAAUGCAUCUUCUGGUCCAAGCAGCAUCAUUGGAGAAUUUGAAGUUGAUGAAAUUUACUUUGAUAGUGAAGAAGAUUCACCAACAGUAUCAAAGAAAAGAAAACGAAUGAAGAAAAACUUCAAACAGUCAAAGAAUAAAAAAGAGACAAUAAAAAUUGAAGAAAAUAGCAGUUCAGAUUCUGACAGUGAUGGAAGUGCAAAAGAUUUCAAACACAUGAACAGAAGCCUGGGAUAUCAUUCACAAAAUGUCAUGAAAGGUAUUGGUGCAACGAUAAAUUUAGAUAAACUGAGGAGCUGCUAUGAUGACACAAAUGAAACGAACACGAAAUGAAAUUUAUUAACUUUAUGAAAAAAUAAUAAAGAUAUUUUUAUUAUCAUUUAAAUAUCGUUAAGGUGA